UGGCUGUUGAAAAGAGUGGCGGGAGUAGCUGCAGGCAACUAAUUUGAUAGCACGUAUUGAUGGCUCUAUUACAGUCAUCCUCACUGGCUUCCACAGAGAGUGAUUCUGAGGAGUUGCCAACAUUUUCCUUUCUGAAGAAGGUACCAUCUUUAACAAAGAGGAGGCAGUCUCAGAGAGUGGAGAAGAUUGUAGUGGUUGAGACUUCUGAUUCUGAGGCCUCACAUCCUCCAUCACCAGAAUUGAAAGGUCUACCAUGUUUCCCAGACACAGAUGGAGACGCAGAUGCAACACUCACCCAAACAGAGCCGGUCAGAGUACUAAGCAGUGGAAGUGAGGAUGAAGAGGAAAUUACCCCUCUGGCUGAGAGGCUAACCUGUAAAUUUUUGACACACAAGCCGCUGAGCCCUGAGGACCCCAGCUCCCCAAUUAAAACUGUUUUGGAUCAUCAACAUGACUGGAAAAAGCAGCCAUUUCUAAAGAUCUCUGAUGUUUCCCUCUAUAAUACCUCGAAGAGAGCAACAGAUAACCAAGACCCUGUUUUAAACAGUCCAUGUCAUCAGCUUCUAGCCUCCCAAUCUACCUGCCUUGUCCAGAGCAACAGGUUGGCAGAAACAAAAAUAAAUUCUGACACCUUCCCACCUCAGAAGAGAACCAAGAAGAGUCAGAAGGUUCAGAGAAGAGGUUCUCAGCGAUGCCAGCCACAGAGACAAACAAGCUGGAAGGAAAGCACCCCUAGACAACCAGAAAGAAAGAAGGCAGCACCAGCCAACAAGCUGAAAACUCUGAAGCCAGAGGAAUGCUUAAAGCACAUUAUUGUGAUGCUGGAUCCAGUGCUUUUACAGAUGGAAGGUGGGGGCCAGCUCCUCAGAGCGCUGCAGUCCAUGGAGUGCUGCUGUGUGAUUGAAGCCCAGGCUGUGCCUUGCAGUAUCACGUGGCGGAGAAAGAUAGGGGAUGGAGAAGACUGGAUGGAAGAGCCCAUAAUUCUGGUGAUGCUCAUGGCAGAGACUUUUGAGUCUUUGGUCUACAACUUAAAGCAGGGAAGUCCCAGCAGCGCUGAGAAAGACAAGGAAACCCUUCGUGGCUUCGUAACUGACAUCACAGCAAGGACAGAGGGAAAAGCACUCUCACUGGUGAUUGUGGACCAGGAGAAAUACUUCAGUGCUCAGAAUCCUCCAAGGAGAAGGAAACAGGGAGUGGCAAAUAAACAGGCCAAGGAAAAGAAGCAACAGAGACGAGAAUCCAGCACAGGGCCUGUGGUGUCCAGGGUAGACAUGGAAGAGGCCUUGGUGGAUCUGCAGCUCCACACAGAAGCCCAGGCUCGGAUUGUACAGAGCUGGAAAGAGCUUUCUGACUUGGCCUGCGCAUUCACAAAAGCUGUGGCUGAGGCACCGGUCAAGAAGCUUAGAGAUCAAACUAGCUUCUCCUUCUGCCUGGAGAGUGACUGGGCUGGAGGGGUGAAGGUGGACCGUGCUGGCAGAGGACUCACACUGGUCUGGAGGAGGCAGAUUCAGCAGCUGAACCGAGUCAGCCUGGAAAUGGCCAGUGCCAUUGUAGAUGCAUAUCCAUCCCCACGGCUCCUGGUGCAGGCAUAUCAGCAGUGUUGUUCAGAUCAAGAACGCCAGAAUCUGCUGGCAGGCAUCCAGGUGCGUCGUGGGGUGGGUGUGACUUCCACCUCCCGCCGUGUAGGGCCAGAGCUGUCCCGACGCAUCUAUCUUCAGAUGACUACUCUGCAGCCAGACCUUUCCUUAGACAGUAUUGACUAGCCCAGAGGGACAGGAGGAAGGCUGGAGCUCUCUACCUCCCUAGACUGGAAACCCAACAGCGAUUGACCUGAAGAACCUGCUGGGCACAAGCCUGAGACCUGAU